ACAAACAGGAGAAUGCAAUCCGCCGCUUUUUCGAUGUAAAACGACACACACUUGGUGAUUAGAAAUCGAAAACAGUAGAACAACGAACCCCUGAGAUAAGCCUGAAGAAGAUGACAGAGAUAACACAUGAGCAAAUCUCACGCAUGUUUUUGCUCCAGAUUCCGCCAUGGAUGUCGCUUCUGCUCGGAGCAUCUCUUCACAUCCUUCAUAUUAUGGAAAACCAAUUUGUUCAUCGCAAUCAUCGUUGAUUCGGAUUUCGAGGGAUAAAGUAUGUUGCUUUGCUCGUAUUUCUAAUGGCACAGCGAGCUUUAGUACUUCCCUUCAUGCUCUCCCGAGUGGAAAGUUUAUGGGCGAAACAAGAAGUACUGGCAUUCAAUGGUGUAGCCGCUCUUUAAGAUGGGAUCCUUACAGAUUUCAUGAUAAGAAAUCACAUAGAUUAAGUGAAUUGGCAAGAAAUAUCACUGUGAGAUCAGAUCUUUCGGGAGCUGCAACCCCUGAAUCUUCUUUUCCCGAACCAGAGAUUAAGUUGAGCUCAAGACUCAGAGGGAUAUGCUUUUGUGUUGUUGCUGCCAUUUCUGCCACUUUUCUCAUAGUCCUGAUGAUAAUUGGGCAUCCGUUCGUCCUUCUCUUCGAUCCCUAUAGGAGAAAAUUCCAUCACUUUAUUGCUAAACUUUGGGCUUCCAUAAGCAUUUAUCCGUUUUACAAAAUCAACAUCGAGGGUUUGGAGAAUCUGCCGUCAUCAGACACUCCUGCUGUAUAUGUUUCAAACCACCAAAGUUUUCUGGAUAUCUACACACUUCUCAGUCUUGGAAAAAGCUUUAAGUUCAUCAGCAAGACAGGGAUAUUCGUAAUUCCCAUUAUCGGUUGGGCCAUGUACAUGAUGGGUGUCGUUCCCUUGAAGCGGAUGGACCCAAGAAGUCAAGUGGAUUGCUUAAAACGCUGCAUGGAACUCUUAAAGAAGGGAGCAUCUGUGUUUUUCUUCCCAGAAGGAACACGGAGUAAGGAUGGUCGGUUAGGUCCUUUCAAGAAAGGCGCAUUUACAGUGGCUGCUAAGACGGGAGUUGCAGUAGUUCCAAUAACGCUAAUGGGAACAGGCAAAAUUAUGCCAACAGUCUUGGCCGCAUUGUCACGCCUCCCAGGAAACAGAGUCCUUCCCGAUUCCAAUUAUAGUCCCAGAAGAAGACUUGUCCUUCCAUAUUUCAAAUUUCAUGCUCUUAUCCUCGUUGGAGGCUUCGGGACCAGAUUGAGACCACUUACCUUGACCAUGCCUAAACCGCUUGUUGAUUUUGGAAACAAACCUAUGAUUUUGCAUCAGAUUGAAGCUCUAAAAGCUGCUGGAGUGACUGAAGUUGUAUUAGCUAUCAAUCACCAACAACCAGAGGUCAUGGUGAAUUUUGUGAAAGAAUAUGAGAAGAAGCUAGAGAUUAAGAUUACAUUUUCCCAGGAAACUGAACCGCUUGGGACAGCAGGGCCUCUCGCGCUGGCUCGGGAUAUGCUGGUCGAUGAAUCAGGCCAACCCUUUUUUGUACUUAACAGCGAUGUUAUAUGCGAAUACCCUUUGCUUGAAAUGAUCGAAUUUCACAAGACUAACUGCGCUGAAGCUUCAAUUAUGGUGACCAAGGUUGAUGAUCCUUCCAAGUAUGGUGUGGUGGUUACGGAGGAAGGUACAGCGAGAGUUGAAAGUUUUGUAGAGAAACCGGAACAUUUUGUGGGGAACAAGAUUAACGCUGGGAUAUACCUCUUGAACCCAUCUGUUCUCGACAGGAUUGAGCUGAGACGGACUUCCAUAGAGAAAGAGAUAUUCCCUAAGAUAGCUUCAGAGAAGAAGCUUUACGCGAUGGUACUACCUGGUUUUUGGAUGGACAUUGGUCAACCGAAAGAUUACAUAACCGGGCAAAGAAUGUACCUUAACUCUCUAAGAGAGAAAGCUUCGCAAGAAUUGGCUACAGGGAAUAACAUAAUUGGAAAUGUGCUCGUAGACAAAAGUGCGGUUAUAGGAGAUGGUUGCUUGAUAGGACCUGAUGUGGUGAUCGGUCCGGGAUGUGUGAUUGAUUCAGGUGUAAGAUUGUUUGGUUGUACUGUCAUGCGCAGUGUUUGGAUCAAGGAACAUGCGUGCAUCUCUAAUAGUAUCGUGGGAUGGGACUCGACCGUUGGAAAAUGGGCUCGGGUUGUUAACAUAACGGUUCUUGGCAAAGAUGUUAAUGUCGCCGAUGCAGAGGUUUACAACAGCGGGGUUGUUAUCGAAGAGCAAGGAAAAAGCAUGUUAGACUGUGCCAAAAAAGCAGUGAAAUCACAAGUAAUCAGUGGCCAUCUCGAGAAGUUUGUAAGGUUGGAUAGUAUGGAUUCUAGGUACUCUCAGACUUCUGAUGCUGGUCUAAACAGAUGCACUCUCAACCUACAAGGACCAACACGUGGUGGUGCUCAGGGCAACAAUGUAUCUUCUGGUUCCUUUAAGAAAGGAUUUAGAAAAGGGUCUAAAGGUCUUUGGUCUAUAGGUAGAUCAAUUGGUUUGGGGGUUUCACGAGCAGUUUUUCCUGAAGAUCUUAAAGCAUCAGAGAAGAAGAUUUUUGAUCCACAAGACAAGUUUCUUUUGCUCUGCAACAAGCUGUUUGUUACUUCUUGCAUUCUCGCUGUGUCCGUGGAUCCGCUGUUCUUGUAUCUUCCGUUUGUUAAGGAUAAUGAGAAAUGUAUCGGUAUAGACCGGAGAUUGGCUAUCAUAGCAACUACGCUGCGGACAGUGAUCGAUGCGUUUUAUCUUUUUCAUAUGACUCUUCGGUUUAGGACAGCUUUUGUCGCCCCUUCUUCUCGGGUUUUUGGGCGAGGCGAACUUGUGAUCGACCCUGCACAGAUAGCAAAACGGUAUUUGCAGCAGUAUUUCAUCAUUGACUUUCUCUCUGUGCUUCCACUUCCACAGAUUGUAGUUUGGAGAUUUAUUGGCAUCUCUGGAGGUGCAAGUGUGCUGGCAACAAAGCGGGCGUUGCGAUCGAUCAUUUUACUUCAAUAUAUUCCGAGAUUCAUUCGGCUGUAUCCUUUGAGCUCAGAGUUAAAGAGAACAGCUGGUGUUUUUGCUGAAACUGCUUGGGCUGGUGCAGCUUAUUACUUGCUACUCUACAUGCUCGCAAGUCAUAUUGUUGGGGCUUUAUGGUACUUAUUGGCUUUAGAACGCUAUAAUGGAUGCUGGAGCAAGGCUUGCAGUAAUAAUAGCCUGGACUGUCAAAGAAACUUCCUCUUUUGUGGUAAUGAAAAUAUGGAUGGUUAUGCAGCUUGGUCUAACAUCAAAGAUUCUGUUCUUCAAACAAAUUGUCCAGUUAAUACAACCGAUAAUCCUCCUUUUGAUUUCGGAAUCUACUUAAGAGCCCUGUCUUCUGGCAUUGUCUCAUCUAAGAGCUUUGUCUCUAAGUACUUCUUCUGUUUAUGGUGGGGACUUCAGAAUCUCAGCACUCUUGGUCAAGGGCUUCAAACCAGUACAUAUCCUGGAGAGGUUAUAUUCUCCAUAGCACUUGCUAUUGCUGGACUUCUUCUCUUUGCUCUUCUUAUUGGAAACAUGCAGACUUAUCUUCAAUCCCUUACUAUACGGCUUGAAGAAAUGAGAGUGAAAAGACGCGACUCCGAACAGUGGAUGCAUCAUCGAAUGCUUCCACCGGAACUGCGGGAACGAGUCAGAAGAUAUGACCAGUACAAAUGGUUGGAGACACGCGGAGUUGAUGAAGAGAACUUGGUUCAGAAUCUCCCAAAGGAUCUGAGAAGAGAUAUCAAACGCCAUCUCUGUCUGGCUUUGGUUCGGAGGGUUCCAUUGUUUGAGAAUAUGGAUGAGAGGCUGCUCGAUGCAAUCUGUGAGCGGUUGAAGCCGUGUCUGUACACAGAGAGCUCUUAUUUGGUUCGGGAAGGAGACCCGGUUAAUGAGAUGCUCUUCAUUAUCCGUGGUCGGCUUGAGAGUGUGACCACUGAUGGCGGGAGAAGCGGUUUCUUCAACCGCAGUUUGCUAAAAGAAGGAGAUUUCUGUGGGGAAGAGCUUUUGACAUGGGCACUUGAUCCCAAAUCCGGUUCCAACCUACCGUCCUCUACCAGAACCGCAAAGGCUUUAACUGAAGUAGAGGCUUUCGCUUUAAUAGCAGAUGAGCUCAAAUUUGUAGCUAGCCAGUUCAGGAGAUUACACAGCAGGCAAGUUCAACACACAUUCAGAUUCUACUCACAACAAUGGAGGACUUGGGCUGCUAUUUUCAUACAAGCCGCGUGGCGACGAUACGUGAAGAAGAAGAAACUUGAGCAACUCAGGAAAGAAGAAGAAGAAGGAGAAGGAUCAGUUACGAGCAUCAGAGCGACGUUCCUGGCUUCAAAGUUUGCUGCAAAUGCACUUCGUAAAGUUCACAAGAACCGUAUUGAAGCAAAGUCUACUAAAGAACUUGUGAAAUAUCAGAAGCCUUCAGAACCUGAUUUCUCUGCUGAUGAUCCUUCUUGACCAAAUUUUACAGAAAGUAUGAACGCUAAUAACUUGUAUAACUCAGAUUGAAUUUUAUUGUUUGAUUUGUGCUGCUACAUUGAGGUAACGAAAAAGGUGGUAAUAUAAAUGAUUAUUUGUG